CCAACGUUUGCCAACUCAACUCCUGUCACGUAUGUCAAUGGAUGGAUUGUCAUUCAGCAGAGGAUUGAUGGCUCGCAGAGUUUCAACCGAACUUGGAGCACGUACAAGGCAGGUUUUGGAACAUACGACGCAAAUUUCUGGUUAGGGUUAGAAAAAAUCUUCCAACUGACCAACUCACACAAUUACAAAUUGAGAUUUGAAGUUCUCGUUAUAGAUGGAUCUUGGAUAUCGGAUGAGUAUGAAACAUUCAAGAUUGACUCAGAGGGAUCUCAGUAUGCGCUGCACGUAUCAGACUAUAGCGGUGAUAAUCUGGAUAUUUUGAACCAGCAAAUUUUUAACGGCGGCCAUUGCCAUAAUGGCAUGAGAUUUUCAACUUACGAUCAAAACUAUACUCCACGAGGGACUCAAUGUCCUACUGAAUUUUCUUCUGGAAAUUGGUUCAACGCAAAUUGUUACGCUCAGAAUGUCUUCGGAAUAAUUUUUGACGUGACAGUUCGUGGGUACUACACUGCAAAAUAUCAAACUUGGACUCGUAUAAAAGCCUGCAGGAUGAUGAUCAAGUUGUAUUGA